AUGCGAGAGCCGGGGUACUAUGAGGGACGUGACGACUCGGGGACUCCGGGCGGAGACGGAGGAUACCACGAAGGCGGCAGCGGCGCGGAGCCCCACACGGAGAGACGGGGACGGGACGAGGAGGUUCAGCCUCUUAGCGACGCGGAGACUCGGCGGCGGCGGCGCCUCGGGAUGUCAGCGACGGCGCCUUACGCCGGUGGGCAGAGGCCCCACGCUAACGGACCCUAUCAGAACUCUUCGCCUGUGCAAGGACAGCAGGCAACGCCACCUCCAGGCACCUUUCACCUGCCAGCGGACGGCAAGCACGCGCCCCCUCCUGCCAUGCCCGGGUUUCCCCCGUACAAUCCCAUGGGCGGCCACCCUGCCACACUCAACCCUAGCAACUUGGCGACCCUACAGCCACCCCGGCUGUCUCCCAUACCCAACAGCCUUCCGCCGACAGCGCCCAACAGCACAGGGGGCCACCACCACGCAGGAGGCGGUUCGGGCCCACCCUCAAACCGGAGCUCACCCAUGAUGACUCGGGUGUCUCCAAUGCCUGGCACGUGCCAGCCAUUCCCUCCUCAGCUGCACCAGCAGCAGCCAUCGCCUGUCAACCACUGGGCACCGACGCCUGGGACCAGCAUGAACCACAUGUCUGGCCCUCGGCUUGGGCCGGCGAAUGGACCUUUGGGGCCUGCAGGGAUGUCGGGGAACGGCUACGUUCCUGCUCAAGGUGGUCAGGGGCAUCAGAUGGGUGGUUCCCAGCCCAUGCCUACUUACAUGUACACGCAACCCAUUAGCCACGAGUACGGGUCGGCAUCAUCGGCGGUGGCUCCGCCACCUCCGCCUCACAACAACAACACCAAUGUCACCGCUGGCCCAGCGCAGCAGCCUGGGUUCAAUCCCAGGCCAGGGCCUCCCCCGACUUCAGGCAGCCAGAGUGCUGGGCUAUAUCAGCCGCCUGGAUCGCACGCGGCUGCUGCGCCGUACCCCGCACCACGUCCAGGUACUUGA